UGUAAAGUGAAUGUCAACAAAACACAAACUGCGACACCUGGUGGCAACUACACGAAACUGAAGUACAAAAAAACGCAUAAAUAUCGAACCAUGGGCACAGCAUUUAUUUAGUGAAAAAAUCGUAUUCCACCGCAAUUUUAACAAUUUAAUUACAUUAAACUGCACUACACUGCGGCCAUGCAUGACGCAGAUCUGGAAGUGAACGCAGAUAGUGUUAAUUAUCUCAUCACACAGUUAUGUAGCAGCCUUGCAAGCCAAUGUGGCUUAUCGGAGCCUGAGUGUAGCGCAGCUGUGCGAGAACUCAAGUCCACUGCUUUUGAAAUAUUGCUGAAAAGAUCACCAGAACCUAAUGUAUACCCCGAAACAGAUGAUACACUGGUAUACGAUCCGCAGCUUGCUGUGGACAUGCAUAUAUUUGCGGCCAAGUUGCAUUCGCGCGCAGAUCCGCAAGUGUGCGCCCGUUAUGCGGCACUAGAACAGCAGAUGGCAGCCAUUAGUGAUGUGCCAUACUUCACGGAGGGUAAGGGGCGUGAUGUGCUACAACUAUUGCUCGCCCUGCAGGGUGAUGUGCGCGAGGAGGAUCAAGUGCCUGUUCCCAGCCCUCCUACGCUACUUGUACCUGGUCCAUUCACACUCUUCGCCAGUUAUGAAAACAAUAAAUAUUAUCCCAAACAACAAAUCUGCGAUUAUUUUAAUCCAAAACCGCGCUUGUUCAAGGGUAUAAAGGAUAUUGAACCACAUGAUAACCCUUAUCUACCGAAAAAUUUGCUGGGUGAAGAACGUAAUUUGUUGGCGGAAAUCGAUAAGAAAUAUGGUGUGAAACCCACGCGUGCACCAGCCACAGCGCAGGAUUGUACUUUCACCGCGAUGACGCGUCGCUUGUUGGGCGCUACGGUCCGCAUAAAUUUGAAUGCUUUUCGCUUGCUGACCGACAAUGAACCGCCGGUACCAAUUGACGUUGGCAAAAAAUUGAAGUUGAAAUUAAAAACUUCCGCCGCGCAAACUACGCUGCCUGUGCUUGAAAAGCCGGCAGCUGUGAAAGCAGCGCCGCGUAUACUCUCCUGGAACUGGCAAAGUUUAGGCUGUCGUGGCGUGCUGCGUCAACAUCCAUUCGCUAGCGAAGCAGGCCUCAUGCUCGAUCUCAAAUGUCAUCUAGUGAAUAUGCGCGGUCGCCAAUUUGAUUCGUAUGUUAUGACUUGCACUGCAUUUCUGCGUGAUCUGAAGACACUCACCGUCGGCAUACAAUCGGAUAUCUUUCAUCAUGACGAACGUAUGAUCUUUCACAUGCAUCCAAAUCUCACUGUGGAGGGUUUGCUGCCGGAUACAGUCGCUAGCUAUGCGCUGAUUUUUAUGGAGUGUGGCACUUGCUAUAAGCGUUUGCACACUAUGAUACAGAAGAAGGACUAUAAGUUGAUAUUUGAAGGUUUCAUAUUUCGCGCUCUAUGCAGCGCCAUAGAUGAGUAUCUGCUCACCUUUCGUCAGUAUGUUUUUGCGCAGCAUGAUGAAACGCUAAUAGCUUACUAUACGCGCAUGCGCAAAAUUAUGCGUCAAAUAAGCAAUUUAUCCUUUACGCUGGCCAUACACACAGAUGUGGACGCGCAUGUGGCGCUGCCGAUGGGUUCCCAAUUCCUCGGUUAUUUAUAUCGUGAGAUCGUGCACACGACCGAGAAGGACUAUAUCAUGCUUUUGGUUUACAUAUUAAAGUCUUGCUGUCACGUUUAUUUCAAACAUUUGCAGAAAUGGAUCUACUAUGGCCUAUUGGAUGAUCCCUCCAAUGAGUUAUUCAUCUGCUUCGUAGAUCACUAUCGUCCGAAUACGAAAUAUUUUUAUGAUAAAGCUUACUUUGUGCGCAAAGAAUCCGUACCGGGUUUCUUCCAAGGCUACGAGGAUGACAUUUUGCAGUGUGGCAAGUACACAAUGCUGCUGAAAGCCUACAAACCGAAUCAUCCACUCUUCACCCUCGACUACCCACUCAUAUCAGUAUGCCUCACAUAUGAAGAAAUACAGCGUCUCAAGCGUAAGUGUAUCAAAUACAGAGAACAUGCGCGCUUGGCGUGUGGUACCACCGACGUUAGUAUACGUCAGAUAUUCGAAGCGCGUGAAGCAAAGAAACGCCAAUUCUAUCAGCGCGCCUGCCAGCGCACACGUGAGAAUCUCGAAAAAUGGUCGCUGGAGCAACACGAUCUUGCUUUACUGGCUGCUGAACAAAAGAAACGACGCUUGGAUGAGCUAACCUCACAAUUGCAGGAUGCCAAGCAGCGUAAAAUCGAUGAGCGUCGGGCUAAUGUCGAGUUGGAGCUGCGCUUGCUGCGUGAAACGGAAAAACUCGAGGAACAGCGUGUAUUGCGUGAAAAUAUCAAUCUACGCAAACGUAUCGAGUACUAUCAGGAGCUCAGCGAUAUGAUGAGCACAGAUGCUGGCGGAAAAUUGUGCGCCAAUCCGGCUCCAGUUUCGACUGAGAGAGUCGCGCAACCGUCGAAAUCGAAUACGCUGAGUGAAGGCAGUGGAGAGAGCAGCGCGACGGCGCCACACACGCCGGGCAGUGGUGGCACCGGCACCGACACCGAUUUUGAGUCGUGUUGCGGCGAAGAGGCGAAAGAUGUCGAUGCUGAGGCUGACGCUGAUGCUGAUGCAGAUUCAGCUUCAUUAUAUGCUGAAUGCCUGUCAGAGGAAUUUGUGCAGAAAUUCGCGGAAAAUGAAAACGAGCUGCGCUCAAUUUGCACUGAGUCCUCGGCUAAUCGGGAUGCUGUCGCUGACGCUGAUGAGACAUUAGUUAUUUUGGGAGCACCACAAGAAGCUUUCUCUGAUACCAGCCUGCAUAGCGCGUUGGACUAUAAGGCAUCCGAAACAUCAACUUUAUUGGCAGAUCCAUCUAAAAGCACAUUCCUAAAGCGUAGCGCUUCCGAUGUGCUCAAUUCCAAUGAGUUAGCUACCGCUGGUGUAGCGCAAAAUGCCAGCAGCACAACAGUGACAAUCGUACCAGCCGCGCGCACAGAUCUAUUGUCAACAAAUAUUAGCAGCUCAACUGUUACCAUGGAACCGGCGCACGGAGCAACUCAAAAACCACUUUCCGAGGCACAACGCAAUAAGCUACGCGUACUUGCACACGAAUUUGGCACAAACACGCAGCAAUCAACUCAACCAGAUAUCAAUUUAAAUACACUACCAGAUGACGAGUUGACAGAUUUACAGCGCAAUCGACGCCGCAUGAUGCAAAACGAUCUCUUUGCCGAGUAUAAUAAGAGUCCGCUCACCGAUCGUGCGCAUCUGAAUCUCAACUUAGACACGGAGCGUGCGCGCAAUCGGCGUCGCGUGCUCGAAAGUGAAUUUGAUAUCUUAACAGGACUUACGCCCUCAACCACAACGUUUACGGUAGAACAGGGUGCUACGCCUAUGUCCACAACUUCGGAUACAGCGCCCAUAGUUUGUGCUACAAACUCACCAUCCGCUGCAGCGAACCAAAGCGAUUUAGCUAAUGCCAAUGUGCCGUCGAAGUCAGCUUUAAAAAUCAAUGUGGAACUCGCUAAUGAACAAAAACAACAAGCAGGUGAAAAUGCGAAUACCGUAGAUGGACUGCUCCGUUGCCAAACUGCGGACACACACGAAGCAAUGAUUACGCCGGAAUGCGCAUUAAAUACCGCCGGUUUGCGUGCAAAACAAGGUUUUGAUUUCGUAGACACCGAUCGUGUGAAGAAACAACAACAGGCAGUCGCUGUAGAGGCCGUCAUGCAGCCGGACUCCACCUCCGGCUCCUCUAGCGAUGAGGAAACGGCGGAAAUAGCCAUUCCAGUACAAGACUACAAUGAUCCCUACAAACGUAGCCGGGAGUUGCUCGCUAGUAAUUUUACCUGUGCCACACGCAGUCCUUAUAUACGCUUGAAUAUGAGCAAAACGCCAAUGAUCGUGGCGGCCAAGAAGUCGCGCGAAUCGUUGCAGCAAUUAAAGGUUAACAGUAUGAGCGUUAUUACAUUGACCGAAUUUCUGCAGAAAUCCGUCAUAUUGCCCAUGACCACACACCUUGGACUGGUGAAUAACGAAGUGUUGCGUCUAUUUCUCGAGGAGUUGCAAAUCCUGGAUCAUCUGCGUAGCUUAAGGCAUUACUUCUUUCUUAUGGAUGGCGAGUUCGGUUCCAUAAUUUGUGACGGCAUUAUCGGUAAGUUAGAGGGUGGCGCAACUCCAACGAAGUUACUUAACUAUCAGAUGCUGCACUCGAUACUCGACACGGCGCUCAGCUCGAGCAUAACGGGCAAUGAUAAAAAUGCUGAGAAUCUCUCCUUCACCAUAAACGAUGUGCCGCAGAAAUUCGAUCUCACCAAUCCGGGUGUGUUGAAUGUGCUCAGUCUCAGCUAUCGUAUCGACUGGCCACUGAAUCUCAUACUAAAUCCUGAAACACUCGAACAGUAUGGCAACAUAUUCAAAUAUCUGCUCAAAGUGCGUCGCAUCAGUUGGGUGCUGGAGCGUGCUUAUCAAAUACUUAAGGAGGCGUUGAAAAAGCAUGGCAAGCAGCUACUGCAGUCGCCGCAAUAUCGUCAUGUGCAGUUGAUACGUCACAAAUUCUAUCAUUUCGUGCAUGCGCUGCAGAAUCACAUCACCUCCAAUGCGUUACAGGCCUCCUGGAAGACAUUCAAAGAUGAUUUGCUGCAGGCCAAAUCCAUUGAAGAUAUCUAUCGUAAGCACACCACCUAUGUGAAGCGCAUCAACUUCCUGUGCAUGCUAAAUCGACACAGCGCGGAGUUUAAUAACACCAUUGAGAAUAUAUUCAAGAUAUCAUUGCGUUUCUACAACAAUCUCAAGUCGCGCGAGUUCAAACAGCGCAGCGGCGAUGAACACUAUACACACUCGCGUUACGAAAAGCUGUCCAAUGACGAACAAGAGUUUGACAAAUUCAUUAAAUUCACGAUAUACCUGGGCACCAAGAUUGUGCGUCACGGUUAUCAAGAGGAAAUUGGACAAUUGAUUGCCUUGAUUAAUGUGAAUCAGUACUAUAGCGCAAGUACGAUACCAUAAAGCUUUAAAAUUGAUUUGUUUUAUAUAUAUGUAUGCACUCAUUGAAGUUUAUUUUAACUUUAUAAUCAUUGAAUUUUGAAACUCGAAUAUGAAAUGUUGAAUUUUGCACUUUGAAUUAAUGCCUAUAUACCUUAAUUGUAUUAUUUAGUUAAGAAUGCGUUGAAUUAAUAAUUAAUAAUUAAUAUUGCCUUACGUUGAAUUUAAUAAAAUGUU